GAUUAGCUCACUCAGCUUUACCGUGGAUACAGAGCGAAGUGCCUGGAAGCAGCAUCGCCUCACAGAUCUCCGAUCCUUAAACUCAGAUCCCGAACGACUCAACGGUCAAUGUGGGCUUGACCUCUCUCACGCGAAACCCUUGUGAAGCCAGCCACCUUUUCAUCUGACCUUCUACGGACUCAUCAAGUUAUUAAUCUCCCAACGUCGGCCAUCCAAAAUGAACCCUGUUCCUCUUAUUAACCACCCUUGCACCGUAUGCUGCAGGCCCACUUCAAUGUGGUGCAGCCGCUGCCAGUCCGCGUGGUAUUGCACUCCCGAACACCUUCAAAGCGAUUGGCCGCGCCAUCGAAAGGAAUGUGUUCCAGCGACCCAUGCCCAAAAUUAUAAUAUUAUUGCCACUCCACCGCCUGCUGAGCAGCAAGUGAUUAUGGUUUCUGCUAUUCUCUUCUCGCCCGAAGAAGAGCGCCCAAGAAUCAUUACGGUCAAGUGCCGUCCAUCCCAAGUCCCGUCGCAGGGCAUGUGUCCUCAACCUCUCGUCAGUGGUCAUUUUCCGGAUGGUCAAGCGGAAAGCAUUGUCUUGACGCAAGGCUUAAAUGGAGAGCCACUCAGAUUUCCCCUUCAUCUGUGGUACUCCCCAACUGCGCUGUCGCGUUGCGCACCCAUUAACCGUGCUAUCUACCACAUUACUUCCGGUGCCGCUGCGAAAGCUUGGUGUGGCACCGUCGUCGUCCUCAAGUUCAACGGAUCUCGGCGCCAAGGCUACUCUGAUGCAGGGUCGAAUGAUCUUCCCGCUCUCUCUGCCUAUUUCUUGGCCUACAAGUAAACGCAUAACGCGGUUUGUUCCUAAAAAGUAGAAUAUGAGUCACACCAUUCGGGGAAAGCGCAAAUUUAUUUGACCUUUCCAUUGCAGCACUAUAACUCCUUGUCGUAUAUUAUUGCACAUAUAUAUCGUUUGUCGUUUUGUUUCGAUAUCUGUAGCUUUCAUAGUGUUUUGUUUUGUUAUAUUAAUAGUGCCUGCUUCCCCCUAACUGUAUCUCUCUAUAAAAUAGAUGCGUACUUGCAAUAGCCUGUGCAAAAUUGCGCGAAAGUUGCGUGGAGUGAUGUCGACGUGGGCAGAAAAAUUCGAUGAACCGUUAUGCAUAAUGAUCACCGUAGGCAAAUGCACUGGCAACCCGACCCGCGCGUAGGAGCUGUUGUUGCUUAAUAUGAAGGACCAAGCAUUGCCAGUUGUAAACGCUGCUCGAGAAAGAAGGCAAAAGUGAUGUCAAAUUAAUG